AUGGUUACCGAGAAAACUGCAGUCGACACGAGAAUUUUCUCGGAAAAAAUGGUCGAACAAGUGGAAAUCCUCGUGCCGUUUCAUGGAAAAAGUGAGAAUGAUCCGUUGACAAAAUGUGUUGAGAUCCUCGUACAAGUGUUGGAUCGACUUGGAAAGAGUGCAAGCAUUGAUCCGAAAUUUGACGGCGGUGUUUUCGUCCAAGCGACUUGUGUUCAAGUGGUGAAUCUCUGGAAGCAACGAGGGAAAGAAUCGGAAAUCGCUUUCAAAGGAGUUCUAUCAAUCUUGGAGCUUUGUCUCACCCAAUGGUCUCAACAAUCGGCGCUCUUCGAAUCUCUCAUCAAUAUUCUCGGCUUUGGAUCGGUCGCGUUUUGGAGAGUUGCCGUUCCAUUCGUUGUUCGGAUA